AUGGAACCCACAGCAGACGUCAUCAGACUACAAUCUGUGCUACUGUACUGUCCCCAAGAGCUCGACACAGCAUAUAUACAUAAGUCUGCGCAAAAUCAGUACACCCGACUGACUCCACUUGUCCAAGAUCCACGGGUCGUGGUACUAACCGGGCCCCACCAGCACAAUGAUGCGUAUCCCCUUCCGCGCGACUCCGACGAACAAACCUUACUGUGGAGGUCAAGACAGCUUUACCCCCACGUAGUAGCGCAGGCCCAAAUUCUCGAUUCCGAGGUAAUUUUCAAACCUGGGUUCGGUAAUCAACACGGGAAAAUAUACGCAACCACCACCGUUGACGGCCGCACAGUCGUCCACACAGUCGGCUUUGGCUUCCACGACAUCGAUGCCCUCGGCGCCAUCGUUCAUGCAGUGCGCGUGCUGGCGGCUGGCCCACUAGACGCACGCCUUUAG